AAUGGUUUGUAAUAUAAAAGGCGUUCGUACGAAGAGUGUUAAAUUGACGACAUACGACAAAACAUGUUAACUUUACCACUACAAAGUAUUUUUGAAUUACUCAUUUAAUAGUUUGUGAAUGGGUUUGUGAAACUGCGUGUGAAACCAAAGAUCGUUAUCAAUGUGAGAAAAUCUAAACUGUUUGUUACAUACAGUGAACAAUGUUACGAUACUUUCUAGUUUUAAUUUACUGGGCACAAGUUAUCCAAAUAUCAGAUGAACUUAUAUUUAAAGAUAUCAAUACAGACUUGUUACGCCCUGUUUUUGUUGGAGAGACAGUUGAGAUCAAUUGUGUAACUGAUAGUUCCACUAUAAGUUUAAAGUUAAUAAAAAAAGAUAGGAAUAGUGGUUCAGAGCAAAUUUUACAGCCUGAUAAUUCAACUCUGAAAUUGGUAAAUCAAAAGUUCAAUUUGUUAAUAUCAGGAAAAGAAAAUGAUGGUGAAUAUGUUUGUUUGGCAGAAGAAACUGGUCAAAAAAUUGAAAAAAGUGUUACAGUCUUUGUUGUUGGAACAGUUUCUGACAAAAUUACUGAACCAACUAUAACGAAUCCUUUCAUUCAAGUUGAUGAAGGAGGCAUUCUUGAAAUCAAAUGCAGCACUACUGCAAGUUUUGCAAAGUUAUCAUGGUUAAAAAAUACAGAUAAAGUAGCUGACAACAAUGUACUUAAAAUUAAACCUUAUUUCAGAGAUGGUAAAAUAGUUACUGAAAGUGUACUAGUUAUUAAUAAUGUUAAUUUGAAUGAUCAAGGCACAUACACUUGUCUCUCUUCUUCCCGUUUUGAUAGAACAAAAACAGCUAAUACUGGAGCAAAGGUUAUUGUGAACGUUCGUAAUCUGUAUUGGUUGGAAAAUAAAUCUGAUUUAAAGAAUGCCAUUGUCGCUUCACUUGGUUCUGAUGCUAUUAUUUCAUGUUUAAUGUCUCAUCCGGCUAAAAAAGUGAAGUUCUUUAAAUACAUAAAAGAAGGGUUGUUAAAGGAAAUUCAAAUUACUGAUUCAAAGUAUAGACUGAUUAAUAAUCAGGAGCUUGCUAUUCAAAAAGUUUCAUCAGAUGAUUUUGGGAUUUAUGUAUGUCAAUCUGAAAAUAUUGAGAAUAAAAAUCUUCAACUGUUGAUUGAUUCAUCUGAUCCAGAUUCAUUUUAUCUUGUUGUAUCACCUCAAAAUAAGUUAAAUUUAAGCUAUUAUGACAGCAAAAAUGUUACCUGCAAGACCUACGGAGAUAAUGCUAAAUUAGAAUGGUUGGUAGAAAGAGAAUCAAAUGGUCUAUUAAAGUUGAUUCCUGUGGCUUUUGAAAAAGUUGCCAUGCAAUCUAGUCAAACUGAACAAGGCAAUACUGAAAAGAUUUGGACUUUGAUGUUAACUCGGGUAACUAAAGAUGAUGCUGGUAAUUAUGUUUGCAAAGGCUCAAUUGAUAAGCGCGUUGGUUUUAAAGAUUUGAAGGUUUUUGUAAAUGGUCCUGUAAUACCACAAAUAAAGGAAUUCAAAUCAGUAAUGGCUCGUGUUUCAACUAAAGUGUCACUAACAUGCAAAGUUAAUGGUAUACCAAGUCCCUCAGUAGAGUUUUAUAAAGAUGAUAAUAAAAUUAUAACUGGAGGUCAAUAUACUAUUAUGUCCAAAAAGUUAGUAAUAAAUAAAGUGCGUUAUCCUGAAGAUGAUGGAAUCUAUAAAUGCGUUAUUAAAAACAUGUUUGGUAAAGCAGUUGCUGAUGCCACUUUAAGUGUAAUAGUUCUACCCACAAUUGACAAAUCAGAAAAAUAUGUUCUCGUUCCGCAUGCAAAAGAUUUAAAAGUCGGCUGUGUUAUUAUAAGCUACAAUCCAAAACCAAACAUAACCUGGGAGUAUCAGCCAUGGUCUUGUCCUAUAAAUAAUACUGAUUGUGAUCCUGUUGCUGCUAACUGGAAGGUUGGUGAAGAAGCUGAUGUGAUUUUAGAAGACAAAAAUUCAACACUAAAAUCUUAUUUCCAAGUUCCUGAAUCUGAUGUUCGCAAGUUUUUUAUAAGAUGCAUUGCACAAAAUCAGUAUGGUAAAGACGUUCAUCAAGUUGUUGGUAUAGUUGAUCAGCGUGAUGCCUCGAGUUACUUAAAAAUAGAACCCAAAAGUAUUUCUGUAGACGAAGAUAGUUUAUUGAAUUUAACUUGUACAGGACAGGCCGGCCUAUUUUUAGCUUUACUUUGGCAAAAAAAUGGACUUAAUAUAUCAUCUUCUGAUGAUUUAACAGUAAUAGAAACAGGCUCUUUUUUUGAAACAAAAGUUUCAGUAUUGACAGUUAAAAAUUCAAAACCAAUAGAUUCUGGAAAAUAUUUUUGUAUUGGGAUACCAGCUAGAGAAGGAAAAAAUGUUGUACUUACAUCACAAGUCACAGUCAGAAGUAUUUUUAAGCCAGAUAUAAAGUUAAUGGAAAGUGUAUCUAUUUUUGAUGGAACAACAGCAUUUUUAUCAUGCAUUGUGAAGUCCCAUCCUGCGCCAGAAGUGCAAUGGUAUAAAAGCGGAAGUAUUAUCAGUGAUAUAUCUAAAUUAAGUUAUGUAAAGGAUUGCAAAAAUAGUAGAAAAGGAGGUUAUUAUACAAUAGUUAGCAAUAUGAAAGAUGGUUUAUACAAUUAUACUCUUAUGAUUUGCAACUCAGACUGGAAAGUAAACAAUGGUCAUUACAAAUGUGAGGUCAAAAACAAGCUAGGAGUAGAUUCUCAAACUGCUGAAAUUAAAGUUUUCAGCACUCCACAAAUGAAUCAUAGUCAAGUGAGUGAUUAUGCGCUGCUCAACCAAGAGUUUGUAAGAAAUUGUACAGCUAUAGGUAAUCCGAUGCCAUAUGUUUGGUGGGAAAAAGAAAUUGGCAAUCGUUUCAAUAUUGUUACUUUGAACUCUUCAUCUGGAAUAAGUUUUUUAAACUUUUCGGUCUUAAAGAGCCACCACUAUGGGAGUUAUAGAUGUGUUGCCCAAAAUGAUUACGGUGUUACUUAUGAUAGCAUAUCAAUAAAAAAACCAAUUGUAGUGAGUGCGGCUUAUCAAGAUAAUAAGAAAAGUCAUCAUAUUUACUUAAUUGGUGUUCUUGUGGCUAGUAUAUUAUUAUUUGUCAUACUCAUUGUAAUUGCUGUAGUGUUGAUUAAGCGUAAACGGCUUUACGGUGGAUUUUAUUUGCUUUCUGCACCCCCUGCACCUGAUUAUUUUAAAAAGCUUGAUCCAACAAAAUCGAUUGCUGAACAAAUUCACAAACUUCCAUAUUUUCCAGAGUGGGAGUUUCCAAGAAAUAAAAUAACAUUGAAAACAUGUGUUGGUUCUGGAGCUUUUGGUGAAGUCUACAUAGCUGAUGCUUAUGGCAUUGAUGAUUUUGAUCCUCGCUAUAAAAUAAGUAUGAAACACAAAGCUUUUAUCAGAAGGCUGUCAUUAAGAAAAUCUUUACUUGUUAGAAAUGACAGCUUAAACUCAAGUAAAUUGUCGAAAUCCGGAAAAAAUAAAGUUGCUAAACCCGUUGCUGUAAAGCGAUUAAAAGAAAAUGCAACACAGGUUGAAUACAAAGACCUGAUAUCAGAAAUGAAAAUAUUAAUCCAUAUUGGACAACAAGAAAACAUUGUGAAUCUUCUUGGUGCUUGUACUAAAGGAGUGGAGAAAGAUACAUUUAUUUUGUUGGAAUACUGUCCUCAUGGAAAUUUACUGUCCUAUAUGAAAAAUAGGCGACAAGAAUUCAAGCCAAUCUGGAGCAAGCAGUUUAUUGGAAUGGAGCAAGAGUUUACAACAUUUGAUUUAGCUGUUAUAUGCUAUCAAGUUGCAAAAGGGCUUGAAUUUUUAGCAUCAAGAAAAUGUGUUCAUCGUGAUGUCGCAGCAAGAAAUGUUUUGGUGGGAGAAAAUUUUACAAUGAAAGUUGCAGAUUUUGGACUUGCCAGAGAUGUUCAUCAGGAUGAAAGAUAUGUUAAAGUCUCAGGGGGUUUGCUUCCAAUAAAAUGGAUGGCUGUUGAAUCUAUAUUAGAGCGAGUUUUUACUCACAUGUCUGAUGUUUGGUCUUAUGGUGUACUUAUGUGGGAAGUUAUGACACUAGGUGGUUCUCCAUAUCCUGGUCUUCCAACUAAAGACUUGACUGAAUAUCUUAUUGCAGGACACCGUAUGGCACAACCCCAAUUUUGUCCAAAUGAAAUUUAUGUCUUAAUGAGAGAGUGUUGGAAUGAAGAUUGGACAUUACGUCCUGCUUUUACUGAUAUUGUAACACGUGUAGCUAAUAUUAUAGAAGAACAUUGUCGCCCAACAGAUGUAUCAUUUUAUUUGGAUAAGAGUCAUAUCAAAGGAUCACUACCCGUGGAUUGCAACAAUGUACAGUCUGUUAAUGGACAGCCAUCAGGCUCUUACAAUUUUUCUCCUCCUCCUUCAUAUCUUCAAUCUUUCGGAGACCCUCGUAUUCAUUCUGAAAAAGACACUGACGAUGAAGUUUUUUUGCGUAGUCCAAGUGAACGCUAUGUUUCUCAAAAAAAACCUAGUAUCACAGUUGGUGACGGAUAUGAGAAAGCUGUGGACAAAACAAAAGCUGAUUCUGCUAAAGUUUUUAUUGAUUUACCAACAGUUGAUGAUGACGCCGACGGCUGUGAAAGCACAGAACUCACUCCUUUGUAUCAAAAUUCGAACAAUCCGCCUCCUCAAGUUCCCACUAAAUCUUCUCUUCAAAUUCCGGGCGAAAAUCUAAGUUUUCUACGUAGAUCUCCUACUCCUAUUGAAGAUUUGUGCAGUUUUCUUGACACUGAAUAUGCCAAUGUUGGUGCUACUACUAUGUACGCAAACUUGAAUUAAAUUCUCAUUUGAAUAUUUAAUUACAAAAGGGUGUCCUUGUACGUCCGACUAUCAUGAAAUGCAUCACAUAAACUGUAAUAAACAUGUAUAAAUAAAAACUUUUAAAUUAGAAGAGUGUUGUAAAGACUCGUGUAUUAUAUAUAUCAAAGAAUUUUAUAAACAUAUAAUAUAAAUUAAAUGUAACAUAUAAAGGAAAUGAGAAAUUGUAACUUAUAUCAAAUGUUUAAAGAAGUCUUAUUAAAUUAUAAA